CCGUAAGGUUCCAAGUUGUCUUCUCCUCAGCCCUGGUUGUUAGUUACUCCGCAUUACCCCACGUCAUCUAGACAAAGCUGAGCUCCCUCGACGACGCGUUCGUGACCCCUCGAUCUGAUAUUACACCAACUACGCGUUUUGGAUUCUCUGUUGCCUGUGUAAUAAAGCCAAUAGGUCAUACAAAGUCUUUUUUCUAUCACCUAACCGGUUUUCUAAUCACUGUCAAAGCGCGACGCGCCCAAAGCACGCUCUGAUACCCCGCGAUACGGCGAUACCCCACCAUGGUCUCCUCCGAUAUCAAAUCAUUUUCCGAGUACCUGAAGGGGAGCAAGCGCAUACUGGCGCUCCUGGGAGCCGGUCUCUCCGCGUCAUCAGGUCUACCAACAUUCCGCGGUGCCGGCGGGCUCUGGCGCUCCUACGACGCGACGGAGCUAGCUACGCCAGAGGCGUUUGAAGCCAACCCGGACCUAGUAUGGCAAUUUUAUAGCUACCGGCGACAUAUGGCGUUAGAGGCGCAGCCAAACAAAGCGCAUUAUGCGCUUGCGGAGCUGGCGAGGAGAAAUAAUGAGUUUGUUACGUUGUCGCAGAAUGUUGAUGGUCUUUCGCAGCGAGCGAACCAUCCGCUAGACCGGCUUCAUCUUCUGCAUGGUAACCUCUUCACCGUAAAAUGCACAUCGUUCUACUGCAAAUACUCCCGCGAGAACGACUUUACAGACCCAAUUGUGCCAGCCCUCGCUAUACCCAAGGAUUUCCCCGAGCCCCGACCAUCCACAGACGACAAGACGGGCGAGGAAGCUGCAAGCUCCCCACACAAUGCCAUGGCAAAAGAACCCACGGAACUCGACAUUUCCGACGAACGGAUCCCGCUCGCACCGCUAAGCCGAGAACAACUUCCACAUUGUCCGGAAUGCAAAGAGGGUCUCCUUCGACCGGGUGUUGUGUGGUUCGGUGAGGCUCUGCCGUCCCACACGCUUGAUCUGGUGGAUGACUGGAUUUCGCGAGGGAAGAUCGAUCUGAUGCUGGUCAUUGGGACGAGUUCGAGAGUUUUCCCGGCGGCGGGGUAUGUUGAGAAGGCUCAGUCGAAGGGGGCUAGGGUGGCUGUGGUCAACAUGGAUCCUUAUGGCAAGGAGCCCCGGAAAUUGUCGUCGAAGGAUUGGUAUUUCGAAGGGGAUGCGGGCGUCAUUGUACCAGAGAUCUUGAAGAGUGUUAUUGGAGAGAUUUAAAUUGGAGGAUUGAUGCUUGGUUGGGGGCCUCUUACCAACACUAUCUAAUGCCCAUGACGACAGCGAUUUGUAUAUUUCGAGUGAACUUUAGUAAGUAGUGAACUGACCAUAGAGUAUAAGCUGUAUCAUGAUCACCUACAGCAAUCUUAGAUGAACGCGCAGACGGAAGACAUGUAAUGGCUCUGCCCUUACUAUAUAGUUCCGCUGCAGAAGGCAGUGGUGCAAUUUGGGAUGUUGAAAACUGCGACCUUCAAACUCGAAAAAAGAGUGGCAGAAAUUUACGCUUGCAGGCAGAUUUGAGUGCUCAUAUACCUGUAAGUCUGGUCGUAGCCAUAUCACUCAAUUCCCGCAAGAGCCAGGGAAAGCAUCCAUUAUGAUCAUUUCUGAACCAGUCAUAUUGGGGAUGGUUGCAAUUGCAACUGCGGCAACCGCCCAUAAAAUGAACAUGCAUACACGCCUGUAUGAGCGACUUGGGCUUCCCAAGCUUCUCCAAAGGGGGUUGACUGCAGUUAAAAGGGCCCUCCCACCCGCACAGGGCGCCCCAGAUCCGCAUGCAGGAGGAGCUGGAGCUUUCCAUGCGUCAAAAUAACGCCACAUCAUCUAUGCGUCUUGAGGGCCUCCCAUUCGGUCCAACGCUUACCAGUUCUUGGCGCGAAAGUUGAAAGUUGAAUUGUUUUGGCAAGAUCACAUCCACCUGCAGAGAUCAGUG